AUAACCGCAGAUAGGGCGCUUGAAAAGGGCUUGGUUCUCUGAGUGGGAGGAGGAGAACUACAUCUUUAACAGCCCACAUUGGAGAGACCAGAGCAAGAUAUCAGCGGAGACGACGUGCACCAUAACUGGCUGGUGUAACUACGUAGCGUAUUGUGGAACUAUAUUAUACAAAAAAAUUGUCAUAAUAGCCACGAAAGAAGGCGUAAGAUGGGACCUACCAUGAUGCCUAUAUUGGUGGCUGUAAUGUCAGUUUGCAUAUGGAGCAACGUCGAGGCGCUGGCCGCCGCUGAGCUGAGCGGCCCAGGAGCCCCGGCCAUGGCCGAGGUGAACGGGCCGGGGCGCCCCCUCGUGGCCGAGCCGCAGAUCGCCAUGUUCUGCGGGCACCAGCUCCUCCACAUGAACACGGAGACGGCCCAGUGGGAGCCCGACCCCCAGGGCCGGCAGGGCUGCUUCACGCUGCCCAGCCAGAUCCUGUCUUACUGCCAGGAGAUGUACCCCACACUCCAGAUCUCCCACGUGGAGGAGUCCUCCAGCCCGGCCACCAUACCGGCCUGGUGCAAGAAGGGGUGGGGCCACUGCCAGACACGCCCCUUCAUCGUGAUGCCCUUCCGUUGCCUAGUGGGCGAGUAUGUUAGCGAGGCCCUGCUGGUUCCUGACCGCUGUCGCUUCCUGCACCAGGAGCAGAUGGACACGUGUGAGACCUACGUGUUCUGGCACAACAUCGCCAGGAGGGCCUGCACCGCCGACCCCGCCCUGGAGCUCCAUAGUUACGGGAUGCUGUUGCCGUGCGGGGAGCGGUACCGGGGGGUGGAGUACGUGUGCUGCCCGGGCCGCGGCGCCACCCGCCGCGCCGCCAGCAGCAAGGGGGACGCUGAGGGAGGGGAGGGGCCCCCCACCGGGAGCCAGACGCUCACACUGCCAGCCCCCGGGAAGACCAGCUCUGUGGCGGUGAAGGUGACCUCCGCCCCUCCCAGCCCCUCCACGGACGUGGACGACCUGGAGGAGGAGGGCGAUGCAGUGGAGGAGGAGGAGGAGGAGGAGGAGGAAGAGGAGGUGGAGGAGGAGGAGGAGGAGGGGGAGGAGGAGGUCGGGGAGAAGCCGCCGGUGAAGGAGCCAGAGGAGUAUGACUACCCCAUCGACUCGGGCCCGUACCAGGCCUCCGACUACCUGGACUCCUUCUACUACGAGAAGGGCCAGGGCCGCAAGCCCACCGCCUCCCCCCCCCGCACCAGAGGAGACAGCUUGCCGACCGCCCGUCCCACCGACGGCGUUGACGUGUACUUCGAGAUGCCCGGCGACGACAGCGAGCAUGCCAACUUCCUGCGUGCCAAGAUGGACCUGGAGGAACGCAGGAUGAAGCGCAUCAACGAGAUCAUGAAGGAGUGGGCCGAGGCAGACAAUCAGUCCAAGAACCUCCCCAAGUCCGAAAGGCAGUCGCUAAACGAGCACUUCCAGACGGUGCUGCAGACACUUGAGGAGCAGAUCGCCGGCCAGAGGCAGAAGCUGGUGGAGACCCACCUGGCCCGGGUGGUGGCCACGCUCAACAACAACAGGCGAAUGGCGCUUGAGAGCUACCUGACCGCCGUCCAGACAGCGCCCCCGCAGCCGGAGCGCGUGCUGCAGGCCCUGAAGAGGUACAUGGCCGCCGAGCAGAAAGACCGCCGCCACACGCUCAGACACUACCAGCACAUCGAGGCUGUGGACCCCCAGAAGGCCGAGCAGAUGAAGUUCCAGGUGUACACACACCUCCACGUGAUAGAGGAGAGGAUGAACCAGAGUCUGGCUCUGCUCUACAAAGUCCCCCUGCUGGCAGACGAGCUGCACCACGACAUUCAGGAGCUGGUGAAGGCAGAGCGCGGAGACAUCAGCGAGCUGAUGACCACUUCCUUCUCUGAGACGCGCACCACAGAGGAGCUACUUCCUGCCGAGAGCGAAGAGGAGAAGGACGACGAGGAAGAGGAGGAGCGGGCCUUCCAGAACAGGCCCUACCCUCCCCGCAUUGAACCUCAGCCCAAUAAGAAAGUGUCGGCCAUCGAAGAUUACGAUUACACCACAUCCGAAAGAGCCCCUACCUACGAAUACGAAGAGAAGAUCAACACCUCAGUGGAGCUAAAACAGGUUGUCUACAAGUCUCCAGAGAUCCAGAGAGAUGAGUUGCAACCGGAUGCCCUGGAGACGUUUAACCGCGGCGCCAUGGUGGGGCUGCUGGUGGUGGCGGUGGCCAUCGCCAUGGUGAUGGUGAUCAGCCUGCUGCUGGUUCGCCGGAAGCCGUACGGCACCAUCAGCCACGGCAUCGUGGAGGUGGACCCCAUGCUGACCCCGGAGGAACGCCAACUCAACAAGAUGCAGAACCACGGCUACGAGAACCCAACCUACAAGUUCUUCGAGCAGAUGAGCUAAGGGGCCCAGCGUAUCUUCCCGGUAGUCGUCAUGUCCUUUAGUCAUUUAUAUUACCCCCCCCCCCCCCCCCCCCCCCCCCGCGCGCCGCCUCCAGCCCCUCCCUCCUGCACCCCUCCUCCUCUCCUCCACAGCCUUAUCGACCCCCUCCCGCCUUCAUCCACUCCCUCCCUCCUCCACCAGGGGGAGCUCCAGCAACCCCCCCACCCCCCUUCCACGUUGUAGUUAUCAUUCAUGCUACUUUGAGGUUUCUCGGGUAAACCCGGAGGCCAAUGUAAUUGUAAAUGGACCCGCCCAUUGUCACCUGAAAUGAUCAUCUUCUCUGCUCUCUGAGGAGAGAUACACCGGACCGACAGUUAAACACACUCAAACUAAAGAAGUGUUCAUGUUGACCAGUUAAACACAUUAAAACGACAUGUUAACCUAAUGUUGAAACAGUGCCACUCAUCCUUAAGGACAUGUUAGUGUUGAACCGUUUAACGCUUUAGAGUAAAAUACAUUUUUGUUCAUUAGUAAGGUUGUUGUUAAAAUAAUUAUGUACUGAAGCUGAAAAUAUGUGUUUGUAUAGAUGACUGCGAAUGAGAAAAUGAGUGUAAAACUCACCUAGCGUAGCUGAGAGACUAGCAGCGAUAAGAAGAUACAUUGUCACGUCAAGCCCACAAAUUAGAGCUUACAUCUCACUUCUCUGAGCCAUGUGGUGGAUUACCUCUUAGACUACAACAUUUCUAUGAAGUUAACCGUGUUCAGUUUAAGUGUUUGAGACACCUAAGUUGGCUUUUGAUUCAACGUAUAGUUAAGCCGAUGAUAAAAUAACAUCCAGUGAAAUGUUUUUGGUGGUAUUUACAACAUUGGGCUCUCUGUGUUUGUGACUUACUGAAGCUGUCAUUGGUUCAUUAAUAUAUCACUUAGUUGUUGAUAGUUUUUUUUAUUCUUUAUCCUGCUGCCUGAAGACCUGUAAAACAAAAAUACCCACAAGUCCAUUCUUUUAUUGAACGCAUGAAAAUUUGGUGUACGAUACUGCUGUACUUGUGUUGUUCCUGUUAUUGCUUUUCGAGGAAUUUGGAAACGUCACCAUUCCAAAACAAAGUGUAAAUAACGUUGGCCGAAAAAAUAAGCGUACCAGUAGACUAUAAUUAUUAUACAUAUGAUUUGUAUGAUUUGUUCGCAUUGUGUAAUGGAAAAAAAAGUCGAAAAAAAUGAAAACAAAAGUGCUGUUCUGAGAGGGAGAAACAUUUCUCCUAACAUGGCUGAUUGCAAACGGACUGUUGUAAAAACCAGCACAACGACACAGUUACUUCUGACUGAAUGUACUUAGGGAAAAGCGGUGAGAAUCACCUUUUGAUUUGGAGUAGUUGCGUCCCGUGCAUCGUAGAAACCCCCACACACACGUAGUAGUAGGCUAGUAGUAGUAGUAGUGCAGCCCACCUCGGGGCCCCCCAGAGAAGGUCCUGCAUGCCUGAGGGCCCCGGGUCCUGGACCGCAGCACCGGGGGGUCCCUUACAUCCCCUGGAGGUAACCCGUGUCCCUCUGACACGAGCAUAGGCGCGUCACCGGGCGUGGCCGGGCUUGGUCGGCCAUAGCGAUGGCCCCACCCGUUGUUCCGUGGAACGAUCAAACCCAUGGUUCACGUACGAGAAUAAGAGGCGAACGUGGGGGACAAAAAACGAUUCCAUUGCUUCAUUUGAGGCUUUCCAAAACUGGGAGCAAUGGUGUGUGGCGGUGGUCUCCGAUCGAGCUCCACAGCCCCCAGCCCAUCGACUCGUAGUGACUCACACCUGAUGAUCAAAUAGAAAACCGACGAGCGACAUGUAGGACGCUGUCCAUACCCCGCAGUGAGUCAAGAGGGGCUCUUUUUAAAAACCAGCUAACGCUAUCAGCUGAUUGGUCUGUUGACCUCGUCGCUCGAGGGAAGGCCUUCUGUCGUUAUUGUUGAUGAUGCAACAACCUCCGAUUCAUUUGGUCCGAUAAACAAAAAAACAAUCGAGAGAAUCUUAAUUCCAUUCCUACGUUCAGCCUUUAAUCAUAACCGUUUGGGGGGUUGGGAGGGGGGGGGGGUAUUUUUCUUCCCACGUUGUCAUAGUCACCUUAUAAGCCGGAGUAAUCAUUUGGUUAGGGCUGCAUCAUCACUUCAUUGAUCAGGAUCACGACAGAGAAAGGGAGGAAAUCAUUCUUGUAUAAUUUGUACAGCUUCGUUAGUGAAUGAAAAUGUAUCACAGUGUACUUCAGUGGAUCUUGCAUUGAUACUGAAGGGAUAGCUGAGAAUAAGCUUGCCUAUUUUAUCCCCUAACCACCGACGGUUUCCUACCAGCAUUUAGCAGACGUAGAACGGUGUAUAUUGUAGUUCAACAACAGCGUAUAUUGUAGUUCAACAACAGCGUAUAUUGUAGUUCAACUACGGUUUAUUGUAGUUCAACAACAGCGUAUGUUGUAGUUCAACAACAGCGUAUAUUGUAGUUCAACUAUGGUUUACAUUGUAGUUUAACUACGGCCUAUGUUGUAGUUUAACUACGGUGUACAUAGUAGUUCAACAACAGCGUAUAUCGUAGUUCAACAACAACGUUUAUUGUAGUUAAACUACAGCGUGUGUUGUAGUUCAACAACAGCGUAUAUUGUAGUUCAACAACAGCGUAUGUUGUAGUUCCUCUAUGGUGUAUAUUGUAGUUUCACUACGGCAUAUGUUCUAGUUCAACUACGGCGUAUAUUGUAGUUCAACUACGGCGUAUAUUGUAGUUAAACUAUGGUGUAUGUGAUAGUUUUACUCACAUUUGUAUGUUUGUCCUGUCAAAUUCAAUACUCCUUUUUGAUUGCUGUUCUCUUCCUUCCCCGAUGAAAUAUAACAGUAGUUAUUACAAUUUUAAUUGCUGCAUUAUUGCCUUUUACAAUGCUGUGUUUUGGAUGUAAUUAAUAUGUAUUUUUUAUUUAUAUGUAAUAAUAAAUUGGAUCAAGGGUCAAGCAUUUGCAACUGUACUGUAGGAUAUAGAACUGUAUAUUAAAUCAUACAACGUUGACCUUGUGAAACCGAACAGGUCGAGAGCCGCCAUCCAAUUGAAAAGGUAAAAAGCACAACUCCAGAAAUUAAUCCAACAGAACGUGUGUGCAGGCUGCUUACAGGCUGCUCACAUGAAAACCAAACUCUCCGGUGAGGCUGCGUCUCCUCUGUCUGCUUCCUCCAAAACAUCCAUGGUAUAGAGAUGUCCUUAUUUUGGCUCAUGAAAACCAAAAACAAUCUCAUUUGGCAAAAUUGUUCAUGUAAUUGUAAUAGCAACAGAUAUUAAACACUGAAAUGUGAUGAUGCUCUUCAAAAAUGUAAUAAAAUUUACAAAUGGCCCGUGAAA